AUGGAUAACACAGAUUUAAAAAAUUUAAUUGCUGAUUUAGUACUUAAUCAAAAUUUUCUUGAUUAUUAUGAUUUAAAAGCAUAUCUCCAAAAAUAUGAUAACAAUAUAACGGGUGAUGAUAUGGAAUAUUAUUAUCCAUAUUAUAAAAAUGAAAUUUUGAAAUAUCAUAAUAAAAUAAUUUCUGAAAUUAAAGACAAAAUUAAAAAUAAUGAAUAUUCAAAGGGAAAAACUAAAUCACAACUUAAACAGUUGAAAGAUUUCAAAAAUAAAGUAUUAACAGAAGAAGAUAUUGAUGAAUUAUAUAAAUUAUAUAAUCCUGAGCCCAAAAACCAAAGAGGAAAACAAAAACAAAAGGAACAAAACACCCAGGUCCUUCAGACCAUAAAUGAUGCACAAGCUUUAAUUUAUGAUUCAUUAGUUAAACCAUAUUCAGCCCGACUUUUAAAUGAAGAUCAACUUUUGGAAUUCAUCCUUCAACAUAAACUCGAAGCGGGAAAGUAUAUCAAACCUUUAUAUACAGCAUAUUUAAAACAAAUGAAUAGAAUACAUCCAGAAUUAAUGAAGGAAGGAAUGAAAUCCAAAAUCAAAGCAGAUAAAAUUAAACCACUUGCAACACCAAAACCUCCAACGACAGUACCUCCUCCUCCUUCAGUUAAUCCUUCAUCAUUCACUUUAUUAUAUCCAUUUCAAACAUUAAAGAAGCAAAAAGAUUUUAAAAAGGAUUUCAAGAUAUUAAAUAAACCAAUUGACCCGAAAAUUCAACCGUUAAAGGAAAAAUUUAGUCGACCUUCAUUUGCUCCAUAUCCAUAUUCAUACGAAAUCGAUCAUCUGGAAUAUUCAAAAGGAAAAGUUACUUAUUUAUUUGCCAUUAA